AAUCACUACAGAAUUCGCCAAAUUAAUGUAAGCUUUAGCUUUGCCGAUAUGUCUUUUUUAAUAAAAUAAUGUGAUAUUCUAAAAAUUUAAGUUAAAAGUGUCUGGCGAAAGAGAUAACAGGUGAAUUAAAAAAAAAAUACUCAAAAAUGCCGGCUACUAUUCACAACAACGUCGUUUCUGGUCCUGAAGAAGUUCUCAUUCCAGGUCAUUUAUCCUAUGGACAAUUUAUAUACGAUAAAUUUAAACAAGCUGAGAAUAAAAUUGCUCUGAUAAGUGCAGAGACGGGAGAGAGUGUUACUUACAAGUAUAUUUUGCAAUGUAGUGUAAAUUUGGCAGAAGCACUCAGAUCACUUGGACUUAAGAAAGGAGAUGUGGUAGCACUGAGCAGUGAGAAUCGCUUUGAAUUUGUUGUAGCGUCUCAUGCUGUGAUCUUUUGUGGUGCUACACUGUCUACUCUCAAUGUCACUUAUACACCAGGGGAAUUGACACACAUAUUACAAAUUAUAAAACCAAAGUUUAUAUUCUCAUCGCCAAUUAUUGCACAAAAUUUAUAUGAUUGUAGCAAAGAUUUAGAAUUUGUUAGAAAUAUUAUAUUAUUUGGAGAGUAUGAUGUUGUGCCAUCGAUAGUCUACAAUGACCUGGUUAAGAAGCAUGUGGAUAUUGAUGACUUUAUGUUGGCCGAUGUCAAUGGAGCUGAUGAUGCUGUAGCCGUGAUGUGCUCCUCGGGUACAACCGGCUUGCCGAAAGCUGUCAUGCUUACACAUGUUAAUUUUCUUACAUUAUCUGCUCAUAUGAAAUAUUACUUAGCAGAAUCUCAAAGGAACAAGAAUCAGGUUGUUAAAACUGGUCUAUCCUUGAUACCAUGGUUCCAUGCAUAUGGCUUCAUUACAACAAUGGCAGUCAUGUGCAUGCAUAUUGAAGUGGUAUUCCUCAUCCGUUUUGAUGAACAACAGUUUUUAGAAACCAUACAAAAAUAUAAGGUUAAUAUGACAACGAUAGUCCCGCCACUAGCAGUAUUUUUAGCCAAGAAUCCUUUAGUCACAAAAUAUGAUCUAAGUUCUCUCACUGAAAUUUGGUGUGGAGCGGCCCCGCUGUCCAGUGACAUACAGAAAAUGGUCUGCCAAAGAAUCGGUAUAGACUUUAUAAAACAAGGUUAUGGUUUAACGGAGGUGACAAUGGCGUGUUGUGUGGACCUAACUAGCGGUGAAAAGAUUGGCUCCUGUGGAACUCCUGCUCCGGGAAUGAAGAUAAAGGUGAUAGAUAUUGACAAUGGUAAGUUAUUACCUGCAAGAGAGAAAGGGGAGUUGUGGAUAAAAUCUCCUUUACGUAUGAAAGGGUACAUGGGGGACCGGGAAGCGAGUGACGCGCUCAUCGAUGCUGAAGGUUACGUGCGGACAGGGGACAUCGGAUAUUACGAUGAAGAUGGAUUCUUCUAUGUCGUUGAUCGACUUAAAGAGCUUAUUAAAUAUAAAGGAUUUCAAGUAGCCCCUGCGGAGCUGGAAGCUCUGCUGCUGCAGCACGAGGGCGUGGCGGAGUGCGGCGUGGUGGGCGCGCCCGACGAGGUGGCGGGCGAGCUGCCCACGGCCUUCGUAGUGCGGCUGCCCGGCUGUGACGUCACACAGGAAGAAAUCAUACAAUACGUAGCCUCAAAGGUGUCUCCAGCAAAACAUUUACGUGGCGGAGUUAUAUUUGUUGACGAUAUACCAAAGAAUGCGUCCGGGAAGAUAUUACGUCGUGAACUUAAGGCGCUGUUACCAAACAAUAUUGCUAAAAGCAAACUGUAGAUAUUAGCAAAAUUAUAGUAUUAAUUCCUAGUCACAAGUGAUUGUGUUUUUUAUAUCAAAACGUUUUUUGUUGAUUUUUCUUGCCGCAGGUAUUGGAUUUUACAAUUUUUACACGUUAAAUGUACCAUUGUAUGGUGAAGGUUUUAGUUUUAACCUCCCCCCUCCCCACUGUUAUAUAUUACAUAAGUAUAAAGUGAUUUAAUAUAACGAAAUUACCUCGUUUUCAAAAAACCUUGAACUUAUUGUUCAUAUCAAAUCGACUCAAGAAUGGCUUUGCAACAUACAGUAAUAAAAAUUGCCAUUUAUUGCUCUCUAGACAACACUCAGAAUCGUCGGUCGCUAAGAACGUAGAUUUGGUAUUAUUUGCAAUAGGAUUCUGUUUUAGGAAGCAUUCUGAGUGUGAUUGCUGAAGAGAUUUAAUCAAAUGACAGUCGUAUGAUAUUUUAUUUUAGAUAACAUUUUUACAUUCCUUGUUAAUUAUUUCGUUUUUGUUGAUGGUGCAAAUAAAAAA